UAUGCUUAGUUUGUGAUCCUCACAAGACAAAGGAGCAGAAGUAGACCAUUCGGCCCGUCGAGUCUGCUCCGCCACUCCACCAUGAGCUAAAUUAUUCUCCCAUCUAGUUCUAAUUUCCAGCUUUUUCCCCAUAUCCCUUGAUACCCUGACUAAUUAGAUACCUAUCAAUCUCUUCCUUGAACACCCUCAAUGAUUGGGCCUCCACAGCUGGAUGUGGCAACUCAGUGAGGGGAGGCUCUGGCUGGGGUCUGUUCCACAAUGCUGGACUGAUCCUAAUGCUUUUACUUACAUCUCAUCCCCUCAAACCCAAACCCUUCGCCCCUACACUGUCCACUUAACUUUAUCCCUCUGUCACCUUUGUCUAUCUCUUUUCCCUAUUGCCAUUUCCCCAUGUUGCACCCCUCCCCACCCUGCUCUGGACCCACUCCCUCUCCUACGCCUUGUUUCUCAACCACUCUAAUAUUCUUUCCUCUCUCUACACUCCUUCCAUCCACUCCUGUCUUUCAACCAGCUGCGUUCCCUCUCUCAACACCUCUUCCCCCUCCCAAAUUUUCAAACUGCUUCCAUCCCUCUCCUGUCUCUCUCUUGCACGCUCGCUCUCACAUGCUCUUCACCCCACCCCUGUCCAUCUAUUUGACCCCUCCCACCCAGCUCCACUUCCUGUGCUCUCGGAAGUCAGUGACACUCUGACCACACAUCACUGGCUAAGCUCUCCAGUUUGUUCACUUCCUCCCUGUGCACAGAAGUAACGAGCCCAGCAGGCAGGACGCCCGGACUCUUCCAGUGCACUCGGCCUCUCACUUGCUCCACCAUGAAGGCUAUUCUUGCCCUCAUCUUCCUCUUCCACUCCUCCAGAGCUGCUGGACUGCGUGAGCCUGAGAUUUGUUACGUGCUCGAUGCGAUUCUCUUUGUCUACGGGACGGUGUUAACGGCUCUGUACUGCCGUCUGAAGAUCUUGGAUCGGAGGAAGGAGAAAGCAGCGACCGGGCAGUCGGAGUACGAGCACCUGCGGAUUGGAACUACUGAUGUCUAUGAAGAGCUGAAAGGAGAGAAAGCUGGUCCUGCUGGGAAAAAAAAAGAAGAGGGUGUUUACACGGGCCUGGGUGAACACCGCAUUGAUACCUACGAAGCUUUGCAGCACCAAGCUCCCAGGAAGAUGUAGUGAUGAUGCUGAUCUCCUGGGUUCGGGGGCAAGGGGAUAGGGAGGUUUGGCUGUGGGAGGGUGAGGGUGGGGUAACAGAGCCACUCAGUCUUUGUCACUGUCAAGGUUGUGAUGUCCACAGAAUGUCAAUUUGGCAAUCCUUUGUCCUCCUUGUGUCUCUGAGUCAUUCAGCUCCUUGACCCUGGGGUGAGGACAGCAGGAGGUAAUGCUGUCCCUCCAUAUUUGGGAGGGGGUGGUCAGGUUGAGGUGAAGGGAAUCAUGGGACUGGGGGGGGUCUGGGUGGGGUGUUUAAGAUCUGCAUGGGUGGGUGAGGAACGCUUUGAAUUGUUGAAGCUGCAAGUGAGCCAUAUGUGGUCCAACAGCUCAACGAACAACCUGCCGCUUCACUUAUUUGUUGCUUUAUUCUAAGUGGAUUUCAUUAUGUACAAUAAAUUUGGCUAAAGUGA